AUGGCAUCCCUUGACCUCAAACUAGAGGGCUUCACGGGAACUCCUGGCCAGGAGGCCAAGAAAUCUUCCUCGAUAAUUUCCACCCUGAAUUCAAAGUUCAGCCACGGGACCCCAGCAUACAAGGCUACCGGGACAUCGGCCUUUUCCAUCGACAAAGUCUUCGUUAUCUUGCGGGAUCUUCUGCAGCCUGACACCACCUUGUCCCUUGAGUCUGCUGCCGAGUCAGUUCUAGCCCUUCUGCCGGAAAAGGCUCCCUUGUCAACUGAGAUUUGGUCCUUCGGUGAGGUGUGCUUUGAACUUUCUGAGCAGAUCCCAUACCAUCAUCCAUCCCAACUAAAACUAGCUCGGCUUCUGGAAUACAUCGGCCGUUCGACAAAGGUGAACGAUAAGAUGACUUCGAAGGGCAAGGCGGAUGUUUAUAAUCGUUACCAACGGCUUGGAGAAAGUAAAAGGGAUUGGUACAAUGGUCCCGAGCCUGAGCGCCCAGACGCAUGGGUGAACUACAACGCAUUUCUAGCCAACCUCCAAGAAUGCCGGGUCUGGAACACGGAUCCAACAUAUGCUAUAUGGACACUUCGUGAUGCUCUCGAGACAAACCAGGACGAAGACGCUAUUCGCGACUGUAAUGUAUUGGCUGCAGCGCAGUGGAUCUUGUGGAACGGACAGAGUCUAUUUAAGCAGAUCUUAUUCUCUGGCGACGUCUCGUCCGACGACUUGCGAACUUGGAACUCGGGACCGCUGUAUGACGGCAAAGGAAUGCUUUCUCUUCACAGGUGGCACUUUUGGAGGGAGAGGUUUCGGGCUGUUUCCAUAGAAGAUGGAGUUAGUGAUGAGUGUAAAAGUGUGGCUGGGAGAGCUGCGGACUUGAUGGUUUCGAUAGAGAGUAAUUUGACGUUUUAG